CUAAGUAGAUCGUAGAAUCCAUCUUACAAUUCAUCGUAGUUUUCCGGCCCAUUUCCCAAAACCAUCAUAACUUAAGUAGUACUGAAAAAUGUUCAUAGAUUUACGAGUGCUCUGAAAUAAUCGUAGAGUGCUUAAGAGCAUUGUAAGAAGACAGACUAAUGCAGACACCUGCAGAAAAAUUGCAAUAGUACACUUAAUACAAUUUAAUACAUGCAGGUAAUGUCAUGAUGAUUAAAAUGUAUGCACUUUAAUAUCAGCUACUUUUAUUUAUUAAUAAAAACCAUGUUUUAUUUAUUAAUCAGCAAUUAAACAUAUCAUGAAUAAAUGCAUAAAACAGAUAAAUGAAUUAGUAAAUAAACAAAUGACACUGAAUUGUGUGGAUGUCCAAGUAGCACAACAAAUGCUAUAUUGUACAUGUCUUUGCUCAUCAUCCUCGUCUCCUCUUCCUCUCUGUUACCCAAAAGCACUCUCGCCCACACCACAGUGCUGUGCAACAUUGACACAAAUCACUUUGGGUAGCAAAGAGCAGAUCUUUGCUUGAUUGGUAAAUGUUUAUAAAGCACAACCUCCAGCCUCCUACUUUGCACUCUGCUAACAACAUGGUGAACCUCGUUAUAUUCAAUAUGUGCUUGAUCAUUGGCAGAAUCAUUCACAGGGCCUCAGUGGCUAACCGCAGUCCAUCAACAUACUGUAUGUCUUUACUGACCCUGGAAGCAAUUGCCCCUCACAGAAUUUGUAAAAACAAAUCUAAUGAAUGAAGUAGUGAUAGAUUGUUCUGCACAAAAUGAUCACAAAGCUACAUUUAAUUUUGUAGUUAGAGUAUUUAAGAAAAUAAAUGUAAGCAUUUACCAGCAAGGUAUAUUUUACACAACUUACACACAGAUAUAAUGAAGUUACAGUUAUGUGCAACACUACACUGUCACAUUUCAGCACUUCACCUAUAUGGACAGCAUCUCUAUUAAGUAGCACUUAAAGCGCUGGAAAAAAAAAAGUUCUUCAAAUUGCUCAUAGAAAACGAGUUACAUGUAAUCUGGAUUACAUAAUCAGAUAUCAAAAAUAAAGUACUUGUAAUUAAAUUUUGAAAUACUCGUAAUCGGACUACAGUUACUUUUUUAUAGAUUACAUGAUUACAUAUUAACAAGGCAAGGCAGUAAAUUGUUAAUAAUUUAUUGAUCAUUUUCAUAUCAAUAUCAUCAUAUUCCUACCCUGAAAUGCAAUAGCCUAACAGAUAAACAAUUUGAGCAUGUGCUCCUUUUACAUUACAACAGUUAGAUAUGCACCUAAGCUAAGGAAUAGGUGAUAGACUUCCUAAGUAAUAAGGGUUAAAAGUAAUUGUGUCAGAGUUUUGAGCUGUUUGCUUUGACCUUGCAAUGUCAUUGCUGUUGAUUUCAGGUUCAUUGAAUGAACUAGAUAUGUUUAAAAAAUAUAUAUACUGUAUAUACAGUAUAUGUUAUUUCUUACUACCUCACCAAUGGUGUGUUCACACACUGAACUUAAUUGCUUCAAAGGAUCUAGUGGAUGCCAUCUCUAAGGGUCCUGCCUGCAGGAUAUCCAAGUUCAACUGCAAAAUGUGCAGCAAUAUGGAACAAAGCACACCGCUCUACUGUUGCUGCUGAUGCAGUGGAGUCCACUGCAUGAAACUUGACAUAAAACACAACUGUUCCUUGUGUGACACAGUGGAACUCUGCUGUUUUACAUUAUUCAGCUCUUUUAGAAUAGUCUUGCUGUUCAAGUUAAUAUCUUGCACCUCAGCUUUGGAAUAGGUGAUGGACUAUCAGUAAGCAGUAAGGGUUAAAAGUGUUUCAGUGUUUUUAGAUGAAAGCUUUCACCUAGGCAACGUCAUUGCAGUUGAUUUUAUGGUCAUUAAUUUUUGUUCAUUUUAUGAUUGUUUUAUGUUAAUUUUAUGGUCAUUAAUGUUCAGAUUGCUGCUAUUGUUUUAUGCACUUAAAAUGAACUUGAUGUCUCAGCGUUUUUAGUUAUAAACUUUGGCCAUGCACUGUCAUUGCUGUUAGAUUUAAUGUUUAUUUCAUUAAUGUAAUGUCUAAUGCACUUUUUAAAAAUUUCAUAAGGAGCUCUUUUUGUCAGGCUCUUUUUGUUAGUAUAAUGGAAUACAUUUUCUUCCUCUUUGUACUUUUAUGUUAAAAUUAUUAUCCUACGAAUGCAUGUGACAUAAAAUAAAACAGAAUUAGGUUGAAAGUAAUCCAAAAGUAAUCGGAUUAGAUUACCUCAAAAAUGUAAUUUAUGAGAUUAAGUUACUGAUUGCAUUUUUUGUUAUGCAAUUUGUAAUCAGUACCUGAUUACAAAUCAAAAGUAAUCCGCCCAGCACUGCUCAUCACAGCUAAAAUGGGGUCUAGAUUUGGAAUGAUAAAAAGACAGGUAAAUGAUUACACAGUUUUCCUUUUUGGGUGAACUUUACUUUUAAGGAAAGCACUAAAGUUCUGGUUAUUAGCCAUAUCACCUGGGAAGCCUGUUUAACUGGCUGUGUUCUGCUUUUCUCUUCUACUCUUUGGUCUCUUGGCUUUGAUUUCAGCCUGUUAAGCAGCCAUGGGGAACACAUGCAAGAGAUCUUGACUGACCACUGCUUCUUCAAUCUUUCAUCUUUAAUAUUUAUAGAUACAAAUUUAGGCACACUACAAAUCUACAGUAUAACCAGUGUCUUAAGCAGUUGCAAGGCUAACUAACCCUGUAACAGAGUGAGUUUCAUUAAAACAGGGAUUUGAGCAUAGAUUAAAUGAGUCAAAUGGGAAUUGACGGGAUAAAAGGAAAGGAUAGAUAUUUUGGGGACAUCAAAGGUUCAGUGAGGUACACAGAGAUUGACAUUCUAGAGAAAUGUAGAUAAUAAAGGAACAGUGGGAACACAAAAAGAGAUGUUUGAAUAUUCAAACUGCUACUUAUGCACAAGUGCGAAUGAGAUUUGAGAGCUAUGGAGAGGAAUGUUUUCAGAAAAUAAUGAACAUAAGAUUUGGAAUAUAGCACACUACUUAUGGACAAUUUUUGGUACGAUAAUUGUACCGUAACAAUGCUUCUGUGUCCUUUUUUGAGCUUGGCAGCAUACAAUAUAUCACCCUUCACUUUCAUGUACAGAAAAGUGUGGCUUUACAUUUUAUCAGUUUGUGUUUUCCCUGGGAAUUAAAUCCACAACUUUGGCCUUACCAGUAUCUGUUAACUCUCAUCGAUACUGUAUGGCUUCCAUCUGCAGACUAGUUAAUAUUGAUUUAGGGCAUCCUUGGAUCUGUGCCUGUUUGAGACAAUUACACACUAAUGAUUAAUAAUAAUUAUACAACAGAAUGGUGAUUGAUGAGCUCUCUCACAUGCAUGCACACUCACACACCCGUUUUCUCUAUUAAUAGUCAGAUGACAGUGGGUUAGCAAGCUGGCUGUGGGUGUAUAUCGGGAACAUUUCCUUCUGUCUGCGCUCUGUCUUAAACACAUGCAUGUAACAUAGCUCUUUUUAAGUGGAUGUGUGAUUAUGCCAUGCUUGUGAGAAACCGUGCCAUGAAACAAUGGAUGGUACAAAAACAUCAGCAGGUAAUUUCUCUCCAAGUAAUAAUGAUCCAUAUCUGAACAGUGAUGUUUGAUGGUUAAGAAACACAUAAGUUCAAACUAACAGUUCACGCUGGUAUCACAUGGCUGUGGAUCAGAUAUGUAUUGGAUUUGGGAUCACAGAGGACCCUAAAACUAAUUUGAAAAGAUCAGAUAUUUUGUGUUUACACUCCUUCGAAAACAGAUUUAGGCAAUAAACUGGAUUUGGGCCACAUCCAUCAUAGUUUUAACACUAAAUUAAAUCCUAAUAACAUAAGUCCUAAUAACAAUCAGACCAGUAAAGCAUAAUGCAAACUUUAUCAAAAGUGAAGUGUGAUCAUUUAUUAAUUAACAAUUGUAAUCAUUUUUUAAAGUUUUUUUUUUUAAAGUUUUUUUUUUACUUAGAUUAAGAUGUUUCCUUUUAAAUCUGGGGAGAGAUUUUAGGCUUGCAGGUAGCAUUCUGAGCUUCAACAAAUAUAGAAAAAGAGAUUAAUUGGAGGAGGUCUUUGUUGAGAGGUAGAGGAGCUUGGUCUUGUAAAGUCAGAAAUGAAGAGUAGAAAUCCAGGGAUUUUUGAGAGGCAGGCUGAGAUACUGUCUGCAAUUGCAGAGAGAGAGAACGGCAUGUCUUCCACAGGGUAAACACCAGGAAAGUGUAGAUCAGUAGAUGGACAGCGCUACCAUUGUAAAGAUCAGUCUGAAGGGGAAAGGGCUAUUUGGCUGAACAAUUAUCUUGUGACAGCUUGAAAAUCAAGCCUCAACUGAUAAUAUCAGAGAGAUUGGACUAUGUCAGACUCUUGGAGCAGCAAAGUUAGGGAUACAAUAAUGAUAGAGGAAAGUUAUGGCAGCAGGUCAGGUCCCUGCAGAAGUACAAAUAUCCAUUCUGGAUUAUGUUGGUUAGUGCUGGUCUAGCAUAGCCAAAAAAAUGCCAGUCAACCAGCAUGGUCUUCCUGGUGAAGCUUGUUGACCAUGGAACUAUUGCUGGUUCAAGCUAGUUAAGAAUCCUGGAGGGGACACCAGCACACCAGCAUCCCAUGCUGGUGACCACCAUCCAAAACACAACGUACUCUACUGUAUUUUGGUUACCAGUAAUGCUGAUCUUUUCAGCAGGGGUGAGAUGUAGAGAGAUGAGAAGAUGUAGAAAUAAAACCGAUGAGUCUGUACUAUGUUUUGGAGAUUAUUUCACAAGGUUCUGGGUCUAGAUAAGGACCACAUUUUGUUGUGUGAAUGCUUCAUCCUUUAUUUCUUCUCAUAUUGAAAAUCUUUGUUUCUGUCUUCUUGAGUAUUAAUUCUCUAAUCUCUCAAAUCUCAUUGAUCUUCGAAGGUGCAAAGCCCCUAUUGUAUCUGUUCUUAUUAUUGUUAGUCUUCCUCUGACUGAGAGUCAGCCCAGAUCCAUAUGGUAGCUUGUUCAAACCCUCUAGCACCACCAAUUGUUCAAAGUUGCACUCACGUUUAUGCUUAUAACUUUUGAACCAAAUGGCCUAGAAAUUUAUUUUUUCCCUCUGAUUCAUUGGCUCAUGACGGUUACAAUGUUUAGCAAGGUUACAAUUUCUGCUUGAUGUUUUAGAAGUUUUCAGAAAAACCCACUAGGCCGUAUGUCAGAUUUGCAUGAAAUAUGCCUUGUAUCAUCUAGGGACAAUCUAGAAAAAAAUAAUUUAAAGCUUUUUUAUAGACCUGACUGUAUGUUCGCAUUUAACGCUUCAACAAAUGUCAUGAUGAGCUCACCAAAGUGGUUGUGAAGCUAUAUUUUGGCAACACUUUAGCGUGAAACUUGGUAUAUGUCAUCAUAGCCAUCAUGUCCUCAGAGUACCUGUGAAGUUUUGGUACAUUGCUUAUAAAUGAAUAGUUUGGCCUAAAAUUAUUAAAUUAGUCUCUUUGGAUUCAUUGGGGUAUACGGAGACAGAUGAUACCCAAUUGUCACAUGUAGGCCAUAUUGGCCAGCGGCCAUUUUUACAUUUGUUGUAAAAUGCUGUAUUUAACAAAUGCAUUGGCAUACUGUUAUGAAAAUUGGUAAGCAUCAUUGGCACCAUGCUCUGAAGGUAAGUACAAAUUGUGGGGCCAGUGUCACCUUGUGGUCAAAAGAUAUAUCAACAUUUUUUAAAAUGCUUAUAAUGUUUGAUUUUUUUUUACUCCUCCUAGGUCGUCUGUCUGAUUCACAUGAAAUUUGGCAUGUAUCAUCUAGUGACACUCAGGACAAAAAGCUAUUAAAAACUUUUGGAUAUACCAAACGGUUCUCGAAUAGUGCAGCAAUGAACUAGAUGGCAAGACGCCAAAAAGGCUGUAUCUCGACAACACUUUGGCAAAUUGACAUGGAACUUUGUAUGACUUUGACUGCACCAUAUGAAUUUGGUGACAGCACCACAUAUUGAUCAAAACUUAUUUGUAUUGUACAAUAAACAAUUCCACUUAUGUUUUGUAUACCGCUUUUCUUAAAAUCAGUAUCAGUGAUGUCCAGUCAUACUUGCUUACAUGCCAUUGGUCUGCUUGGCCCCCUAAUUGCUGCUUGAAGCCAUAUUUUGAAGGUUGUGUUCUUUGUUGGUAUUGGAGUGGCUAAAUGCCUUCUCAACAGACUUCUUAUUAUUUUUCUGCAACCUGUGGUGUAAGAAGGGAGAGCAGAAAUCAGAAAUACUAGAAAUGAAAGCAUUUAUACACACAGAAUAAGUUAUGUAAAGAAUUUAUUUCAACAGAAAAAAGAAGGAAUACGUAAAUGUAAAUGGUGAAAUAAAAGAGACCCUUUACUAUGUAGCUCUCAAACUGCAGAGGAAGUGGUUUAGUGAUGUCUCUGUGAAUGCCAGUAAUAUAUAAUGGGGGCUCAGAGGACAGAUGUGUGAUAUGUUAUGUAUUCUGCAGUCUUAUAGGAAUUGUACUACUUUAUUUACACCCUAAUUAUUGAUAAGUAUAUACAUUUAUUGAAAUAUUUUACAGCUUUGUAAUUGUGGUAAAGCCUAUUCAUUUAUAAUAGCUUAAUUUGUAUUUGUAUCUGGAAGUGCUAGUAUGUUGUUGUCACAUCUGCUUCUGCCAUUCCCCCUCUGUGCCAGCAGAGGGAACCCUCACCCGAAUUCUGAACUCUCCACAACCCUGCUAGCCAUCUCUGUUUAAGAUCACUAUAAAUAGUCUUGGACUCACACUCUACCUUUGCAACAUCACCAAACAUUACUGAGAGUUAUUUACCUGCCUGAUCUGUUUAUCCUGUGUAUUACCUUGCUGCCCAUUUCCUGUUUAUUCUCUGUGACUCACGUUUUUAAAUUGUUUGCCCGGUUGGACUGAUUACUGUGUACUUGACCUUCUGCCUGCUUAUGACCCCGAUCUGCCGGCUGCAUAAUAAAAACUGCACAUGGAUAUAAUGAGCCUGACGAGUCUCCCUCACAGUGGCGGAUUUAGGCAUGGGCGACAUGGGCAGUUGCCCAGGGCGGCAUCUUGCGGGGGGGCGGCACAAGGCACCCACACAGACCACCAACCCACAAUUUGAUACGCGCUCACUCACCACUGGCAUCAGCUCAAUUCACUCCUUCAUCCGAGACGCUCCCUGCUUCUGCUCCUGAACCCAUGCUCGUUGGCCAAAUGCACCUCACGCCUAUGGAACAUCAACGCCGACGCCGCCUGGGUCUAUGCAUUUACUGUGGCGAAUCUGGUCAUCUGCUAGCCAACUGCCCUCGUCGUUCAGGAGCCUCUACCUCAAAAUGUCCACUGUUUUUUGCAGAUCCCUGCACCAGCAGCCCUUGUCUCCAUGGAAACUGUAGCCAGGACGGUGAGGGGGAUGGGUUUGUAUGUGAAUGCAGCAAGGGUUACAGUGGGGUCCUUUGUGACCUCGCAACCUUGACCUUUGACCUGUCAGAGUCCACCUGGGACCUCACCGAUAGCCUUGUACCGGAACAUGCCACACCAGCCACUCCAGCCACACCUGCAACCACCACUCAAGUCUUUCAGCCAACCACAGUCCCCACCACUACUCAAGCUCAACCCACCCUGGAGUUAUGGCAACCCAAACCAGGGCAAAAAGUGGUGGAGAUAUUAUGGGAGGAUCAGCAGAUUACUGAUGAAGCCGAAUGUGUGAGUACCGCAGGAGGUGAGUCUGCCGGAAUGAUGACUGUUUCUUUGGAGGUUGCAGAGGAAACAGCUGUAAAGUUGGUGGGUAAUGUGAGUGGCUCUGCAGUCCUGUGGCGUGUAGGUGAAACUGGUUAUGAGCAGUGCUCUGUUGCAGAUGGCACAAUCAUGUGGUUUCAGCAGAGCUCAGAUGGUCUGGUACUCCCUGACCAGUCCCUGCCAUUCGGACACAACUACUUCAUAAGUGUACUGCAUGUUGGCACAGCCUCUGGUCCGGAGGUCACUCUGAGGCUGCAUCUCAUGGUGAAAACCAAUAACUGCAUGGAGCCCGGCAGCGGUUUCAGCGACCCACAGUGCUCUGGGAAAGGGAAAUGCAUCACUCAGUCCUCUGUGGACACAUUUUACUGCCAGUGUGAGGAUGGAUAUUCUGGAAUCUUCUGUGAGGAGUUUGACGCAUGCCACCUAAGGCCCUGUGAGAAUGGCACCUGCACUGACCUCAGACAGAGAGAUGAAGGACAAAACUACACCUGUACCUGCCAACCAGGUUUUGAAGGAGACCGUUGUCAGUCUUUGGUGGAUCACUGUGUUUCUGGACCCUGCAGGAAUGGAGCCACGUGCACCAGCAGCCUAGAAGGACAUCACUGCUAUUGCGCAGAAGGCUAUCAAGGUGCCAUGUGUGAGCAGAAGAUUGAUCCCUGUGCUUCAGGGCCAUGCCACAAUAAUGCCAGCUGCUCUCCACAGGGCACAGGUUUAGGGUUCAGCUGCACCUGUCCUGCAGGUUUCACUGGACCUACCUGUGGCCAGCUUGUGGACUUCUGUGCCCUCAACCCAUGUGCUCACGGCAUCUGCCGCAGUGCUGGUACCAGCUAUAGGUGCCUGUGUGUGCCAGGUUAUCAUGGUCUGUAUUGUGAAGAGGAGUAUAAUGAAUGUUUGUCUGCUCCUUGUCAAAACUAUGCCACAUGCAGAGACCUAAGCAAUGCCUAUGAGUGCAUCUGUGCCCCACAGUUCACAGGGAAGCACUGUGAGAUAUAUAAGGAUCCAUGUCAGAAGCUGAGGUGCCGGAAUGGUGGACACUGUGAAAGUGGAGGCAGCAACGCAUCCUGUCUGUGUCCACCAGGAUACAUGGGCGAGAACUGUGAGGUGGAUGUGAAUGAGUGUGAGAGUAAUCCCUGUCACCAUGGCGGCACCUGCAUCGACCAGUCCAACGGCUACACCUGUCACUGCCCACCUGGCUGGGUCGGUGGAAGCUGUGAGAUCCAUCUGCAGUGGAAGAUGACUCAGCCUGUGGACUCACUGACUAACAUGCCGCGUCAUUCUCUGUACAUAAUUAUCGGUGCUCUCUGUGUUGCGUUCGUCUUGAUGCUGAUCAUCCUCAUCGUUGGCAUCUGUCGCAUCAGCCGUAUUGAGUACCAGGGCUCGUCCCGUCACGCCUACCAGGAGUUUUACAACUGUCGCAGUAUUGACAGCGAUUUCAGUAACGCUCUUGCCUCUAUUCGUCAUGCAAGGUUUGGGAAGAAAUCUAGACCAGCAAUGUAUGAUGCAACUCCCAUCAGCUAUGAAGAUUACAGCCCAGAUGACAAGCCCCUGGUCGCACUCAUUAAAACAAAAGAUUUGUGAAGCAAUAUAUCUGCACACUUACACAUUUACACCACACAUGCACAGUCACUGUUCCAGCCUUUGAAACGAGCCAAUCAUUCAGUAUUAAUUUCUAAAAGUAGGAUAAAAAAAUUAAUCAAACAUGAAGAAACAUUUGAAUUUAACAUAUUUUACCAUUGUAACUCAUAAAUCUUUUAAUACAUAUCAAGCACUAGGAGUGCUGCACAGAUUUAGUGUUUAAUGGGUUAGUCAUGGACAAAUGUGCUUUGUUUGCAGACGCAAAUAUUUUGUGGAAUGUGAGUAGACGGAUAAGCUAUAUUGCAAAAUUUGUUUGUGAGGGGGGUGUUUAACCUAACCUCCCUACAUCUAGACUCUGAUUACAAGUAUGAUAGCAGCAGUUCAAGCAAAAGCUGUAGAAUUAGGAAUAAUAGAGCUCUUUAUAGUGCAGUAAUACUGUAACUUUAUACAGAAGAUGAAAAACUUAGAAGAACAAAAGAUAAGAUGAUGUAUGUUGCCUUAACUGGUGCAUGGAUAGGAUCAACGGUUUCGGCAUUACUCUGUAACCUUAUGUACAUUGUUGUUUGCUGUUUAUUUCUGAUUGUUCAUUGUGGACUAUUUUGUGUCAUCUUGGUAGUAGCAAAGUCUUAAGAAACCACCAUUGCUAUUGUAAAGGCAGCACAAGAAGUGCUUUUAAAAGUAAUAUUAAGUGGUGUCAUUUCACUGCGUAAGUAAUAAAACAGACAUCCUGA